AUGAUGAGAAUUUUGUAAGUAUUUUGCCAUUUUAAGUGCUAAGUCUGUUGCAUGUAAAAAGUAGACAAAAUAUUUUUAACAUUUGUCAAAUUAGAAGUCAAUUAUACAAUUAUCAUUUUAUAUAUUAAUUGUAGCGUGUGCAGUUUGCAUGUGAAAUGCCACGUGUCACGGACAGUCGAACACGCUUUCUUUCCAAAUAAGACGGUAAACACGAAGCUCUAGGAAGAUGUUCUGUGACUGGUUGAUUAUGACAAUGACAAAAGACGUAAUUUGGCUUACAUAAACAAAAGGAAUAUUGUUCUUGCUUCGUUCUUUAGAAAAUCCAUUAUAUAGCUUUAAUAUUGUCAUUGACUCAUUGUUAUAAUCAACCAAUCACAGAACAUCUUCCCAGAGCUUCGUGCCGACCCAAAUAAUAAAUGAAGUUUAUAACUUUUUAAGUUUUAUAUAUAUAUAUUUAGCUUCCAGAGUAAAAUAUUUUAUCAAGGUAGCAUGAUUUUGUUUGCAUCAUAGAAUCUAUGUUGCCUUUAUCUAUUUUCAUUGCAUAAAGCAUUGUGCAAUUUGAUGGCCGGUAUCAAAAAAUCUGCAUGCAAAAUAAUGAAAGAAAAACACUUUGUUCUUUCACUGCAAUACCAAUUAAACUAAAGUACUUAUGCCAAAAUACGAUUUCAAAACAUAAUUAAGUUACACUGAACCGAAGUUCUAUAGUACUGUCUAUGUUAUCCCAUGUGGAUCAGAUGUGAGAUAUAACAUUGAUUUGACAUAUGUGGCACCCUAAUUGUUAAACUAUAUCACUAAUGUCCACAUAUUGAUGGAAAGUUUGGAGACCCCUCCUCAGAUUUCAAAAAUUUAAUAGUAAGGCCAUUUAAAAGAUAUCUCUGUUUUCAUGCCGCAUGGAAUUUUAUUUAUUUUUUAUGAAAUCAAACUUGUUAUUUUCAGCAGACUUGCGAUGAAUAAAAAAUUUUUGGUAUCUAAACAGUGUAGUUAACUCAACUAGAAAGUUGCAACAGUAUUUCAUAAAAAUUACUAUGAGCAUGUUUACAAUAAAUGUUACAUUUAAGUUUUAUAGAUGAUAUAAUUGGUUUAGGUGCACUACUGUACUUUAAUCUGAUGGAUCAUUUGUCUUAGAUAUUGCAUUGUUUGCGACCUACAGUAUUUAAUAAAUUAAAAUUGAUGUUUUUUGUUUAGGUAUCCUCAUUUUAAUUUUUUGGGACUCUUAAGGAAACCAUGUGAUGUUAACCUAAGAUAUUUGGUAGGUAUAUUAAUGCUGCAUUUCAUAUCUCAAAUGUGGGGUCUAUAGUGUGCUGUAGGUAGUAUUCCACAAUACGCUGCUGUGGUUUGUGUCCAAACUACCUGAGAAAAAUAGAUCUCAAACGUGCGGGCCCAGUGUACAGGAGCAGUAUAUUAAAAUAAGCUGUUGUGGUAUAGUGUCUGAAUUACUGUACCUGAAAAAGAUAUCUCGAAUGUGGUGAUCCAGUGUAGGUAGUAUUCCACAAUAAGCUGUUGUGGUUUGUGUCUGAACUACCUGCAUGAAAAAGAUAUCUCAAACGUGGUGGUCCGGUGUAGGUAGUAAUUUUCUACAAUAAGCUGUUGUGGUUUGUGUCUGAACUUCCUGAAAUUGAUACCUAUCUCAAACGUGAGGGUCCAUGCAAUCUCUGUAGGUAGUGUUUUACAAUACAUUGUUGUGAUUUGUGUCUUUAAUUUCAUAGUCCAAAUUUAAGACUGAGUGAAAAUUAGUGUCACACAGGGUUUGAGAUUGGAAUUUUUUCCCGGAAUCCAUUGGAUCCCAACAUAUCUUAAUCUGGUACCUGUAUCCAAAUUGAAAAUCCUGGUAUCCAAUUAAUAUUCUCAAAAUAAAAAUGUAUGCUUUCAGUGUACCAUAUAUCAUUUAGUUGCCAUGACUUGAAAAGUCAUAAAAUGUACGAGGUUUGCCAUUGCUAAUGAGAGAGUUUGAUGUUAACAGAAACAUUAACUAGAUGUACAUACAAUGUCGGAACUUUUGUAAUAUUGUCUUAAUGAGUCAACAUGUGGAGAUGAAAAUGGUUUAGGUAUGCAAGACCCUCUAGGAUACCAAAUUUCAACAUCUGAUAUCCAAGUAUCAUCAGGAUGCCACUAGGAUAUCGCAAAUCUCAAUAUCGUUAAAUACUAACAAGGUAUUUUAAAAUAAUUGUACUGUAUCUUCCUCGUAGAGUUCCACCCAAAUAUGGUCCUCAACAAUAUGGUCCAGUCUCUUAUCAAAUAAAGACAAGUCAAGUGAGAUCGAAGCAGGACAAGAAACAGUUGAUGUGCACAAAUUACGAGAUACUCUUAUCAGAUCAAAACAGCCACGAAAAUCUAUUGGAGAUGGAGACAUAUUACCAGAGGUAAAGCUGAAUGGCACUGGCACUUCACAACAAAAAUACUGUAGGCAGGGAAGAGUUUUGGGUGGAGCUAUUUGUUGUUGGAAAUCUCAGUUCUUUUGUCUUUGGUGUCAUGCAAUAUAUAGCCAGCUACCAAUUGAUGCUUUGAUCCAUGGUUUUACCUUCCACCUUUCCCCAUCCAGAGUCUGUCACUGGUAAAGCUUAUUUUGGUUUUUGAAAUUAGUUUCAUGAAGUUUUCUAAUUGUAAAAAAUUCAGACAAAGCACAGCAGGUUAUAUAAAGUUCUGUACAUUUACCUCAACCUCUGGUGGUGCAUGGGUGCUGUUCCUUUAGCAUCUGUGAGUAGUUCCUUUAGCGUCUCCAACUUCAGUGGCAGCAGAAGGGUUUUAUUUUUUUGGGGGGAGGGGGGGGGGCUUAUUUUCAGCUCAGUUGGAUACUGUAGUUUUCAGCUAAGUGCAAACAUGAUAGGCAAAAGAUGGAAAAAGCUCAUAUAUGACAUGCUUUUUAAUUAACCAAGACAAUUUAGGCCAAGUAAAAAAAAUUAGUAAUUUCUCGUCUCCACCCGCAUCCUUUUUCCCUGCCACAUGGAUUUUUCUCUUUUCAGUUAUAUUCGAGCCUUUCAAAGAAUUUCCACUUACAUAUUUCGGGCAUUUUGCACCUUUCGGCAUAUACUUCAGUUGCCGUUCGGAACUUUUCGUCAACUCUCGCUUGCUGUUCGGUACUUCGCGCUGCUGUUCAUGCAUAUAUUGUUAUUUUGGUGCCAUAUUGCAUACUAAUGUCUAUUUUAUUAUAUACCUGUAUUUACGUUUUAUGAGUAAACGUCAAUAUUUGCAUGUGUUUAUGGGUUGUUUGGUAAACUUUAAGAGCAAUAUUUGACCAAAAAAAAAGCGCUUGCGUUCUCCUUUUUUUUUUCAAAAUUUGGACAAGAAACUACUAAUUUUUUUUACUUGCAUGGCCUUAUAUAAUUCUUAAUCUAUUUUUAGGGCAGCUAACAGUAGUUCCACUGUGAAAACUGUGAUGGGUGCCGAAACCCCCCUAGCUGAAAUUUUCACUUAAGGAUUUAAUCGACCACACUGUUGGUGAUUUUGUUCACCUUUUUAAGGCAACAAUCAAGAAUCAUCAUAUUACUGUACGUCUUACUCUGAUCUUUUUUUGGGAAGCUUAGCCCCUCUACUUUUACUUCUGGGGAUGGGGGGUGGGUCUAUAGCCAAUAUGUCCAACUACACUAAAAAGUUGUUUAUGAUGUUUUUUAGACUUUAGCAAGUGACUUUUGCACCUAUUAUCAAAAGAUUAAAUCAAAGGUAAAUGGAUGUCAUGUAAAGAUAAUAUUCUCUCCACUUGUCAAAUUCUCCCCCUAAAUAUUUGCUCAUAAAUUCUACAUUAACUGGACACAUGGACAGAUAGUCCAAACCUUUUGUAUGAAAAUACUAAUGAAUAUACUUUCUACUCGGUAAUAUGACUGUAUUCAAUUUUGUAAAUUUUUCACAUGUUUCUCAAGCGGCAAACAAACUUAAAAAGUAUGUUUAGUGCUUUAUCUGCAAAAAUGAAGAGAUUUUAGAUGGUACACCAAAGAGAGAAUGAUGUCUGAAGUUCAGUAAGUUUUGCUUAUAUUGCUGUACAAAUAUGGCGUCAAUUCAGGGUGUUAAUUUUUUCUGAUGAGGAAGUGCAUUGCGUUUUAUUUUAUUUUAUAUUAUUAUAUCAAAGAACUUUUAUUUACUUUUUCCCAUUUAAUAAUUAUUUUCUCAAAAUGUGUCGCGUUUCAUUCAUAUUGGCCAUUGGGUGUGUAUUCACUGAAAUGAAAUGUACAAAACAAAGUGUAAUCGGUGUGCAUCCGUGUUCACUCACAGGAAAUGAAAUAUACAAAACGAAGUGCCAUCGCCCCAUCGGCUGCAUUUUUCAGUGUUCAUUCAGUUACAAAACCAAGCUACCGUUGUUUGUGUCUAAGGAGAAACACGUUGGAAAAAAACAUUAUUUAUUCCUACACAAGGACUUUGAUCGGUCGAAAAAACUUUCCCAAUUUACGUUUAAAGGACAAAACUUUUUUUUCUGGCUAACACCCUGCAAUUUAACAGCAUCAAUGAUAAUUAAUUCGGUAUUAAAUUGACAAUAUUUUACUAUUAUUUUGUGUUUCUCAACCGCCAGAUACAUUUAAAAAGGUUGCUAUAUAACUGCAUGUGUAAGCUACAAAAUAAAGCUAAAACAAAGUAAUUUUGAGAGGAACAAACAGCCCCAAAGGGUAUUGGGCUGUCAAUUUCCCCCGCGUAAUGCAAAAUGACUGAAAAACGGCAAACUUUGCAAGGCUAUAUUAUCCGCAUUUUACAACAUUUCGCAACGAAACUUUGGAAUAUUACUAAUUUUGUGAUGCUUUUUCAAGCUGUCUAGACUUGUCUAGAUCAAAAUUUAGUCUAUUACGCAAGUGGUCAAUCGGUUAACUUUUUGUUUAAUAUAUGACAUAUUGUAGGUUGACAAGCUUAAAGUGUUCGCAACUUUUGCACAAGAUUUUGGACUGAACCAUGAUAUGAUAACGAGUAUCGCAGAUGACAUAAAGAGGAUGAAGGUAACAGACACACCUAGGGAAAUUUUAGGCGAACCCUCCUUCCUCCCCAUUGGAUAUACAGACUCUUGCCAAUAAAGGGGGGGGGGGGCAUGUUAAAUGGCAAUCCCAAUUCUGUGUACAUACAUAUAUAUAUGGAUUAGUACAACAACUCAUUAAACAUUUUUUUAUUUCAAAUUUUUUUCAUGAAUUAUCAAUGAGCUUUACAAUGCCAUUAAACACAACAGCACCGAGCUCAACAAGUAAAUGGUAGUUUACUGUUCAAAUCAAAUCGAUUAAUUAGUUCUAGCAUCUCUAAGCUUCUUUCAAAAAUGAUCAUGUUAAUGUGUCAGUCCGUAUUUUGCAAUCAGAUGAUCCGUAGCUUUGUCUUGAUGUUGGCAGCAGCAUUCCAUGGAAACCCUGUCGAUUUCGCCUUGUGAAUCUUUGUAGUAAACUGUGACUCUGACCAUGCGAACCGUCUUUUUGUCUCCUGGCGUUUUUCAUUCACACUCAUUUCUCAUCAGGUUGUGACUGAGCUGUGUCACGUCCACACGACCUGUUAGAACUUUCUUCGAAGCCAUUGAAAUUGUCAGCAAUUAUAGAAUUGAAUUCAACUGUGAACUGUAGUUACAGUGUACAUGUAUGUUCCCUCGCGGAUUGUGAAACUUGCGUUUAUAUCUAAUACGUUUAUAUCUAAUACGUUUAUGUCGUAUAAAUAUCAUGUGAUUUUGAUUUGAAAAAUCAGGAAUAGCAUAUUUCUAAGAAAAAUCCCAUAUAAACGACAUAUAUCAGGCAUAGCAUAGCAUCAUUCAAAGAAAAUUGCUUUUCUAUAACCGACAUACAUUUUCUGAGAAAUCAAGAAUUUAGCAUCUUUCUAAGGAAAAUGCUACUCUGUAUAUAAACGACAUGCAUAUACAUGUAUUUUCUAAGAAAGCAGGCAUAGAAUCUUUUAAAGAAAAUUGCUAUUCUACAACCGACGUUCAUUUUCUGAGAAAUCGGGAAUAGCAUCUUUCUAAGAAAAAUGCUAUUCUAUAUAAUACGAAGAAAAACGCUAUUCUAUUCCAUAUAUAUACAUGUGUUUUCUAAGAAAGCAGGCAUAGUAUCUUUCAAUGAAUGUUGCUAUUCUAUAAACGACGUAUAUUUUCUGAGAAAUCAGGAUAGCAUCUUUGUUAGCCAUACAUUUUCUGCUUUUCGAAUAGCGAUUACCGGAACUUCUAUUGUUAGUGCGUGUCGAUUUCUUGAAACGAUUUAAUUGAUUUGUGAACUCACGAGCAAGUACUCAGAAUGCUUUAGUCAAGUAUCAUGGUUAAAUAUGUAAACAUGUCGAGGUUGUUAAUAUACAGCCAUAUUUUCAAUUAUACUGUACUUUAACAAGCAAAUUUACUGUACUGUGCUACAGCAACUGUCCAGUCAUGCAUACGUGAUAAAAAGCCUAAACUUGUUAAACGUGUACAAUGUUAAACGUAAAAAGCCUAAAAUGUUAAACGUAACAAAACGGUGAACAUGCAAAUUCGGCCAUCUCAAAUAAUGGUAAUGUUGGGAUAGUAGCGUUGCAGACUGCAGAGGAGAGUGGGCAGUAAGGUUCCCUCAUGCACCACCCCAUGGAAAACCUGCACCCCUCCUUGAAGAUGAGGCUCGCCCCUGAUGGCUCUUUUAAUUUAUAGGAACGUGGACUAAACUCACAAUUGAAACUUGAAGAGAAACUACAGCAUUCGUUGGAACCACCUUACAUAGUUUUGUUAUCUUACAUUGGUCGUCAAGAGGGAGGAGUAAAGUUUAUAGUUGACCUGAGAAAAGAUCUUUUGGUAAGUGAAAAUUACAGUACUAGUCAAUAUUCUUUACAGUAAAAGAUGAUGUAUUAUUAGUAAUUGACUACAUAAGUGCUUCAAGCUAUAGUUCAAAAGAUCAUGUAAGUAAAUGUAUAAUAAAUCCUUCCUAAUUUUUUGCCUCUACAGUAGGAUGGCGGGGGUGGGGGUAUAGAUGACAGUUAUACUGUGAUUAAUAUAGCGGGUAGAUUGUACAUAUAUAAAAACGCGCAAGUUGUUUCAGAUCUGCAAACAAAUUGUAACAAGGUUGUUGUCAAGCCGAUAUCAGGACGUGUUUGCACUGCUUAUUCCCACCUGUUGUGACAAGUCUGGAACAAGUUGUUAUCACCUUGUUACAAGGUUGAUGACGGUGACAGGUUGUCCCAACAAGACUAAUACAGGCUGUUCUUAACAAGUUGCUAAGAUCUUGUUGUCAGGAACUUGUUAACCACUUGUUACGUGCAGACGAUACCAGACAUGUUGGAACAACUUGUUGCGAGUCUGUUGGCCUCAUCAACCUUGCCUACAAAAUGAUAACAACUUGUUCCAGACUUGCCAACAACUGGGAACAAGCAGUACGUUAUUUCUCUACAAUACUUCACUUUUCGUCUUCUAGGAAAUUCUCUCAGAUCGUGAUCUGGAUUGCGCAAGAGAUGAAUUAAACGCAGUGAAUCACAACAUCAGACAUCUGUUGUCCAUGUGGUUCUCAGUUGGUUUUCUUGAUAUGGAGCGUAUGACUUGGCAGUCACCUUGUGAUAUCACAGAAAAGGUACAAUGAAGCUCUGGUCUUAUGAGAAUGAGAAUUUUUGAGAAAUGGCAAGCGAGAGUUUCAAUGAGAGUUUUCUUACUGUAACUCUCAUGCCCCGGACGAACGAGAACAAGAGUUGCAUGAGAGUUGACUGGAUAUUACCAGUCAAACGACAAAAAACUCUCUUAAACAUUUGAACCAGUUUAAAGUUGAUGACGGUGGAUGAGUGGUGGUGGCCAAACGCGAGCAAGAGUUGCAACUCUCAUCAACUUUCAUCCUCGUUUAACCCGGCCAAAAGGGAGCUUUUUUUAGCAGUGAUCAUUAUUAUUGGUUCAUGUAGCCCUGUUGCGACUGAGAUAUCUUCUUCAGGUAGUUCACACACAAACCACGACAGCUUAUUGUAGAAUGCUACCUACACUGGACAACCACGUUUGAGAUAUUUUUUUCAGGUAGUUCAGACACAAACCGCGACAGUUUAUUCUAGAAUACUACCUACACUGGACCACCACGUUUGAGAUCUCUUUUUCAGGUAGUUCAGAUACAAACCACGACAGCUUAUUGUAGAACACUACAGUACAUACACUGGACCACCACGUUUGAGAUAUCUUUUUCAGGUAGUUCAGAUACAAACCACGACUUUAUUAUAGAAUACUACCUACACUGGACCACCACGUUUGAGAUAUUUUUUCAGGUAGUUCAGACACAAAACCUUUAUCUAUUAUUGCUGUGAAUACUACCUAUGUAUACUCGACUGCCGCCUUCGCUGUUGCGAAAGUUGGGGACUUUUGAUCGGUUGACAUGUAACGUUAUUUCUUUCUCUAACUGUAUCACAGGUAGCAAACUACGAGGCGGUGCACGAAGUACGUGGCUGGAUGGACAUGAAGAAACGGAUUGGACCAUAUCGACGUUGUUAUGUCUUUAUGCAUCCCAGCAUGCCUAGAGAACCCGUGUGUGUGUUGCAUAUUGCACUUAGAGAUGAAAUCCCCGGAAGUAUACAGGUAUCUGCUGUGAUUUGUGUGAACCGUCUGUGUGCAUUUGAUGAUAACAUCACACAACUUGGCAUAAUGUUAGGGUACACCCUAAGGAUAUUUUUGGCUUUAGAGGCAUUACAGAUUCGCUCCUGGUUGCUGCAAAAUUUUGAAAUAAGAAAAACAAAAUUUUGUGGUAACCAGGAGCUAAUCUGUAACGCCCCUAUAGCAAAAACAUGUCCUUAGGGGGUAUACCCUAACAUUAUGCCAAGAUUAAUUGGCUCAUCUCAAAUUUCAACUGUUUAUGUAGAGAAUUUUAAAAGAAAAAAUUCCCAGCGAUGAACACGAUGUUGAAAAGAAAAACACUGCGGUCUUUUACUCAGUGUCGUCAACCCAAAAAGGUAACUCAAUUAUCAUAAAAACUAUCAUUAAAUUAUGUUCAUUUAUUGGGCCUAUCGCUGCAACCUCGUCCCCAGGGCAUUUCGCCUCCACGGAUGAAGGUCGGCGAAAAUUGUACAGCAAUAUAAGCAAAACUUACUGAACUUCAGACUCUUAAUAAUUAAUAAUUCUCCAGGUUUGGCAGAAAUUGAUUUGGGCAACUCGUUGAUAAAGGAAGCUGUUAACCAAUUGAAACACGACCUGCCAAAUAUUCAGACCUUUGUGUCACUAUCUCCAGUACCAGGCUUUUAUAAAUGGUUGGAUUAUAAGUUGAUGGAAAAUUCUGAAUCGUCUGUCAUCGCUAGGAUUAUGGGUAAGUCAGUUGAAUGGUGAAGAAAUCAUUUUCUUUGUGCGAGUACAACACGAUCGGAAAUCGCGGACUUAUCAGACGUCUUAUCAUUAAACUGGUUACCAGUAAAGGAAUAAUGUGAAUGGAACAUUCUGAAAAUUUGUUAUAAAGCGUUUCAUGAUGCAAACUGGACAAAUUAACUAAAACUGCAAGUAGUGGAACAUUUUCGAGUUCUUAGAUCGAGCAGUUGCUUUCAAUUUCAAGAACACAUUACAGGACCAGCCAGCACAUCGUUUUAAUGAUUUCCCUGUAGAAAUUAGGGACUGUAGAGACUACCGCGAGAAUUUUGUAAAAAGGCCAAUAACUUCUUAGUAUUGAAAGCACAUGGUUAAGACUUGGCUAAACUUUGAAAAACUUCGAACACGUUAACAGUUAUAUUGCAGUAUAGUAUUGGUAUAUAGUUUGUAGAAUUUGUAUAUAAUUUAAUUGUAUUUGUAUAUUUUACAUGAAGUAAAGUUACUUAAGAUGUACGUUGUAAAAUCUUUUCAGAUCAUGAAAGUAUUGACAUUGAAGACCGAAAGAUUCUUGAGAAUUGUUUAAAGGAACCGUAUAACUUGAGUUUCAAGGUGCUCACAAAGCCUUUUCUGAUGUGUUUUUCAAUAUUUUCUUUAGGCAACAAUCCAAAGCAUGUUUCAAUGAAAUAAUUAUACCCGUUCUUAGAUUAUUUUAUUUUCCAGACACUCAUAAGCACUCCAUUAUGGUUGAAGAACAACGAAUUAUGUGAAGCUCUAAGAAAACCAAUGAUGGAAAUAUGUUCUAGGUAUAUUGUAGCCUUCCUUAAUUCUUCUUAAAUGCUUACUUAUUUCUAAUUGUUACUGUCGUUCCAAUUGAAGUGUUGCUCAAAUAUUGAUUCAAUACAUUACCUCCGGCUGACCAAUUCAUUUCAUCAAGUUCCUCGAAAUAUUCAUACACUUCCUAAUAUAAUUGUAAACUUCCUGUUGAAUAGUUUGAAUGCACCAAUCACCUUAGUUGUUUGUGCAACUAACCAAUCAUAAAUAGAAAGGAAGUGACCAGAAAUGAUCAAAUACUUGGAAUUGGCUCUUUCACAGGAAGUGUAUGAAUAUCUCGAGGAACUUGAUCAAAUGAAUUGGUCAGCCCGAGGUAAUGUAUUGAAUCAAUAUUUCGAUGACUUCCACGAGAUCGUUCUGAUUCCCGCUUUAAUUUCACAUUGUACUAUUCUAUUUACUGUAGUUAUCUUUACAAUGAAAAGAAAAGAGGGUUUGCAUACGAUCCUGUUGGUAAGGCAACGUGCUUUUGUCACGCCCAUUACAUACGUAAAACGCACAAGUUCCAACAAACCUGCAAUAGACGUUGUCAACAGGAUGUGUUCGCACUGCCUGUUCCCAGCUUGUUGACAAGUUGUCAUUGGCUUGUGCUUGUUGACAAGUUGCUUCAAGGUUGUUGAGCUCAACAGACUUGUUACAAGUUGUUGUUACAAGUUGUUCCAACAACUUGUUCUCGUCAUGCAUUUCAACAAUUUGUCAACAAGUUGUGAGUUGAUGUGACUUGUUGCAAGGUUGAUGACUUUAACAGACUUUCUACAAGUUCGUAAUAAGUUGCUACGAGUUUGUUGCCUUCAACUUGUUACGUGCAGACGAUGUCAGAGUGGUCAGACUUUUCGGACCAACGCGAGUCUGUUGUCUUCAUCAAUCUUGUUACAAGGUGAUAACAACUUGUUCCGGAUUUGUCAAUAACUGGGAACAAGCAGUGCGAACACAUCUAGUUGACAAACUGUGAGAUAUCUACGCGUUGAUAGUUGAUCACCCAACACACUUGUUUCUAUUAACUGUGACUUUGUUUGUUUGUUUUCUCUAGCAAAUUUCCAUCUACGAAACGGCGCUGUUCUCUGGAAACUGCAUUGGAAAGCUGACGUAAGCAGAAAGGGAGCCUUGAGCUCGCUAGGCAUGAUGGUUAAUUAUAAAUAUAACCUUAAUGAGGUUGACGGGAAUAGCAGAGAAUACUUUUUGCGGGGAGAUGUGGCCGUUUCACAAGAUUUUAGACAAAAUUUAACAGACAAUUAGUUUUUGGAUAAAAUAUGGAAGUUGGUUCAGGUUUUUUCCCCAUUUAACAUAUUUCGGAAAUUAUGUUUAUUUUCAUUUUUAGGGACAGGUCAUUUUUAUGCCGGGGUUAGCACCGAAAAGAAAAGGGUUGGGUAAACAAAAUUUUAAGUGAGUAAAAGGUUGGGUAAAUGAAAAACAAAACAACUCAAGGGUUGGGUAAUAAAAAAAUUAUUGUCAUUUGCAAAGCAUGACUGAUUCAAAUAUUGAAUGAAGGCUAAAAAGCAAUGUCAACAGUCAUAUGUCACACCUAUAUGUAAAUCAAUCAGAGUCACUAUCUUGAUCAUUUCCCAAUUUGUCAGGAGGCAAAUGGUGUCUCAACAUGAAAUGUGCAGACAACAUGAAAUUUUAGACUGCAGAAAAUUGCACAAGCAGUUGUCAAACUCAUGUCACAGAAGUGAAAUUCAAGUGAUAAAAGACAUGCGCGACAACUGAAUGGUAUUCUUUUGUAAGUUUUUUGGACAGGGGUGGGUAUUUCUUAAUUGAUAUUUGAGGUUGGGAAAAAAUUUUUCUUACUUUUUAAUGCUUGGAUCAGCACAAUUUUGACCAAGAAAACAUUUCUUUGCGGUGCCACCCCCCGCCAAUGAAAUGUUCCCUUCAUUUGCGCCUUGAGAAUAGACAUGCAUGUUUAUUGCAUGAAAAAUUACUUAUAAAUUAAAUAUUACAUAUCAAUAUAAAUGAAAAAAAAACUAAUUAAAUAUAGAUCACAUGAAAUUUCACGCUGAAUUUUCUCAUGGUCAUACUUUCAAAAUGCGUUUUAGAAAACGUACUUCAAUAAUGACGUCACAAGGAAAAUAUUGAACGAAUUUAAUGUUUAUAAAAUCGUGCAAGAUAUUCCUGAGUACAAAAAUUACUAAAACUAGGUUGCUUUCUGUCUAAACUAUUUCGUAGUAAAUUUUAUUAUUCCUUGGUAUCAUUCAUGGUGGCGUUUUUCCCAUGCUGUUUUUCGCCUAAAAUAAAUAUUGUUUUAUGUUUUUACUUUUCUGAGCCGUAAAUUUUAAUCUUAUAAUCUAAUUUCGAGCGACUCGAAUACACGCAAUCGCAUUAAAUCCUCAAGAAAAACACUUAAAACGCUCAUUCGAGAAUAUAGUAUUGUCAAACUAAGCUUGUUUUCGUGAGUUUAGGUGCAAAGUUGUUCUGUUCGCUGAUCUAAAUCAUGAAAUAUACUUUUGUUGCAUUGUGUUUGCUAUCUUCAGUUUUGCUGGACGGCGUAACAGCCCAGAGAGGUACGGCUUUCUUGUUUUCCAAUUGUUUGUAGAUCUUAAAAUGACGUUAGUUAUUCCAAACGUGGGAGGCCAGUGUAGAGACGGUAGUUUACAAUAAUCUUCCGUGAUUUGUGUCUGAACUACCUGAAAAAAAUCUCGAACGUGGUGGUCCAGCGUCUAGGUAGUAUUUUGCAAUAAGUUGUUUGUGUCUGAGCUACACUAUAAAGUGUGUCUGAACUACCUGACUAAGAUAUCUCAAACGUGGGGGUCAGUGUAGGUAGUAUUCUACAAUAAGCUGUCGUGGUUUGUGUCUGAACUACCUGACUAAGAUAUCUCAAACGUGGGGGUCAGUGUAGGUAGUAUUCUACAAUAAGCUGUCGUGGUUUGUGUCUGAACUACCUGAAAAAGAUAUCUCAAACGUGGUGGUCCAGUGUAGGUAGUAUUCUACAAUAAGCUGUCGUGGUUUGUGUCUGAACUACCUGAAAAAGAUAUCUCAAACGUGGUGGUCCAGUGUAUGUAGUAUUCUACAACACACUACCGUAGUGCUAAAAAGUGGACGUUGAGGUCCAGCUCCGCUUCACCGAUCAAAAUACAUUUCACGUUUUCGGCGAAGACCUUUAACCAGAAGAUUACCAAUGGUUGUUUAUUCAUAAUUCUGACGAAGGCCAUUGCUGGAAACUUCGAUAUGUUUUUAAUCUUCUCAGGUGGUUAAGACACAAACCGCAGCCAGCCAGCCACCACAUACAUGUUAGUUCAGGUCUGAACACGUUGGGCAAUGUUAGACCUUUAACCCCUUACAGACAAGCUAGUAUCCUUUAUAGUUUUUCCUAUCAAAGCUUUUGCUUUUCGGUGUAACCCAUGGAGCUAUCCACUAUAAAUAAGUUGUGAUUUCCUCUUGUAAUAACACUGGAUCAAUAUAGGGUGGCCGUUACCGGACCUCUAGAAAGAACAGUUUAGAACUGAUAAAGCUAUCCAGUAUAAAUAAAGUUAGUUCAGUUGUGGAUUCCUCCUGUAUAGUAACACUGGCUCAAUAGAAUAUAUCCCUUAUACUGGACCUCUUGGGACCUUACUGGAUUUCCAGUUUAGAACUGUUUAGGUAUAUGGGAAAAUUUUGGGCAUCGCAAGGCGGCAGGUUCGAUUCUUGCGAGACAACCGAUAAUUGAGCCGUAACAACUGCUCCUUGUUACAUCUAAAUUUUUCGGGCCGCAAUGGAUGAUUCCAGGUAUAUGGACUAAAUUUUGAUCUAGGCAAGAAGAACAAAAUCCAUCACCACAGCUAGAAAGAGCAUGUUAACAUUAGUAAAAUUUCAAAGUUUGGUUGCGAAAUGUUGUAAAAUGAGGAAAAUAUAGUCCUGUGAAAUUUGCAAAUUUUGUAUUAAUUUGUAUUACGCGCGGGAAAAUGCACCACAUGUACAAAGUGGGUAAUGCAAAUUAAUACAAAAUUUGCAAAUUUCGUAGAGCUAUAUUUUCCUCAUUUUACAGCAUUUCGCAACCAAACUUUGCAAUUUUAACAUGCUCUUUCCAGCUGUGGUGAUGGAUUUUGUUCUUCUUGCCUAGAUCAAACUAGAUUUAGUCUAUAGCUGCAAUCAUCCAUUAUCCUCGUCAAGAAACCCUUGAACAGUUUGAUCCAAUAGAGCUAUCCAGUAUCAGUACAGUCAGUUUAGUAAAUGUCAAGUUUUGGGACAUUUGCAUUCGAUGUUAUACAAUUAUGGUUUCCGUGUUUGGAUGGCCUGAUCCAAACACUUGGUAAUGUUGAUCAAUGUUGCUCGACGAGUUAAGAAAAGCGCGCGAAUAACAACUUUCCGUGUUAAAAUUUCACUUUAAAAAACUUUCACUUUAAUUUCCGUGUUUGGAUGGCCUGAUCCAAACACAGGUUUCGACCAAUCAGAGCACACGUUAUAUACAUGUUAUUUUAUAAAAGUAUUUCCAGAAGGAUUUUGUAGGUGGAAAAUUGGAGUGUGAAUUUUAUACAUUUAUUAGACCUAACCAUGCAGGAGCAGUUACGAAAAAUGCAACUACCGUCUGGCAUGAAUUGAACCUGCGGCCCUGACAUUCUGGUGCAGCGCUCUAACCAACUGAGCUACAGGUUGACAGUUGUCGAGCUCUAACCACAAGUUCAUGUAUGUUCAACUACAAAACCAUUGUAGAAUUUGUUUAGUAACCAUCUUUUUUUUGUAUUUCAGAUUAUAACUGCUAUGAGCCUGUUGAUGUGGCCGUCAUCUUAGACACCUCGUCCUAUUUCGGCUCGGAAAAUUUUGCACAGCUUAAGUUAUUCGCCAAAAAUUUCAUCAGCUAUUUUGAGCUGACGAACAACGGCCUGAAUCCAUUUAUCGGCUUUAUUCCGUACAGCGACAAAAUUGUCGAAAGGAGCGUGAUAAAUUUCCGCUAUUCUACCUCGACGCAACGAUUGAGCCAAAAAAUCGAUCGGCUUAAUUUCGGCGGCGCUUGGGGAACGCGUUUGGAUUUGGCGUUAAAGUAUGCCCGGGAGAAGCUUUUUACCAUAAAUAAAGGGUCAAGGUCAUGGGUCCCACACGUCGUUUUGGCCAUAACCGGAAGUGCUCAGUACUGGGACUCAGGCCGCAAGGAUGCAAUUCAACGCGAAGCUGGGUUGUUGCGGAACUCUGGUGUCGAGUUAAUGAUCGCAUCGGUUGAUCCCACACAAAGUAAUCAGGGAUAUUUGAGGUCUUUAGUGGAUUCGCAGGGAGAUUUAUUUAUGGUGUCGUAUCCCUAUCUGUUGUACGGGAUCUCUGAGAGGAUUACAAGACACGUCUGUCCUGUGCCAAGUAAGUGCCUGGAUUAGCUGUGUUUUUUUAUGUAUGGGUGGGAUACUGGAAUAUUAAUGUUGUAAUUAGGACACCUCUCUAAUACAGAUGCUUUUAUACAGACACCUCUCUAAUACGGAUACCUUUCUAAUACGGACAUCUUUCUAAUAUGGACAUCUCUCUAAUACAGACACCUUUCUACUACAGACACCUCUCUGAUACGGUCACCUCUCUAACACAGACAUCUCUCUAAUACGAAAACCUUUCAAAUACGGACACCUCUCUAAUAGGGACACCUCUCUAAUACGGACAUCUAUUUAAUACGGAUACUUCUCUUAUACAGAUACCUCUCUAAUACGGACACAUCUCUAUAAUACGAACACUUUUCUAAUACUGACACCUCUCUAAUAAAGACAUCUUUCUAAUACACGGACAUCUUUCUAAUACAGACACCUCUUUAAUACAAAUGUCUCUCUAAUAUGGACACCUCUCUAAUACAGGCAUCUCUCUAAUACAGACACCUCUUUAAUACAGAUGUCUCUAAUACAGAUAUCUCUCUAAUACAGACACCUCUUUAAUACAGACACUUCUUUAACACAGGCAUCUCUCUAAUACAGACAUCUCUCUAAUACAGAUAUCUCUCUAAUACAGAUAUCUCUCUAAUACAGACACCUCUCUAAUACAGACACCUCUUUAAUACAGGCAUCUCUCUAAUACAGACACCACUUUAAUACAGAUGUCUCUCUAAUACAGACAUAUCUCUAAUACAGACAUCACUCUAAUAUAGACAUCUCUCUAAUACAGACACCUCUUAAAUACAGACGCCUCUCUAACACGGACACUUUGCUGCUUUGGAAUAUUAAUGUUGUAAUUAGGACACCUCUCUAAUACAGAUGCUUUUAUACAGACACCUCUCUUAUACGGAUACCUUUCUAAUACGGACAUCUUUCUAAUAUGGACAUCUCUCUAAUACAGACACCUCUUUAAUACAGGCAUCUCUCUAAUACAGACACCUCUUUAAUACAGAUGUCUCUCUAAUAUAGACAUCUUUCUAAUACAGACAUCACUCUAAUACAGACAUCUCUCUAAUACAGACACCUCUUUAAUACAGACGCCUCUCUAACACGGACACUUUGCUAUGUCCCAGUAUCAGAGAAGUUCGAAUCUGUAACAAACAUUUUAACAUUUCCAACCCUCUCUUACAGGUACACUGGGUUGUCCGGGUAAAGUUGACAUCGCUUUUAUUGUGGAUUCCUCUGGUAGUAUAUCCAACCCAGACUACAGCAAAAUGAAGUACUUCAUGUUCUCCAUCGCGAAAGCAGUCAACAUCUCCGAGAAUGGCGCACGCGCGGGGAUCGUGAUUUACAGCAAAACCGCCGAACUGGUGGCGAAAUUUAGUGACCAUACGAAUAUAAAAGGUUUCAGGAGUGUCGUAUAUAGUUUGAAACAUAUGAGGUCAUUCACACGAAUUGAUUUAGGUAUGUGCUAGAUAACAGUGCGGCCAAUCUUGAACAUGACUAUUGAGACCAUUCCAGCCAAUAUUGCAAAGCUAAUUAUGCACGUUGAUAAAACACGUUUCGUCACUCCUUCUCUCCCAGUUCAAUCUAUAAACAACGCCGAAACAACUUUUGAUAAUACAUAAUUCCAGCUAUCGACUAAUUUUUUAUCUAGACAAGAAAGACGAAAUAUAUCAUUAUAAUUAUCCUAAAAUUAGUAAAAUUGCAAAGUUUGGUUGCGAAAUGUUGUAAUCUACAGAAAAUAUAGCCCUGUGAUAUUAGCAAAUAUUUCGGUAUUACGCGCGGUAAAAAUAACCAUUUUUGAGCAGAAAGUGGUUAUUUUUACCGCGCGUAAUACUAUAAAAUACUCAAAAUUUGCUAAUUUCACAGGGCUAUUAUUUUCCGUAUUUUACAACAUUUCGCAACGAAACUUUGUAAUUUAACUAAUUUUAGGAUGCUCUUUUGAGCUAUAAUGUUAUAUUUCGUCUUUCUUGUCUAGAUAAAAAAUUAGUCGACAGCUAGAAUCAUCUAUUUACCAUAACACAAGCUCAACAUUGAGUUUGGAGAUCGAGGGCUUAUUGCCGAUUUCAGGUAACUUUCAACACGCUGUUCCCAAGUUCGUUGCGAACUUGCCAAUUACGUUGUCAAGUUUGGAAGUUGGGCGUGAACUUCGCAACGAAGUUUGCAAGUUCAUUUCAAACAAGUUCAUUUGGAAACGUAAUUGGCAAGUUGACAACAAACUUGGAAACCGCGCUUUGAAAAGUAAUAUGAAAUCGACAAUAAGAAACACAACAUGAUUUAACAUGGAAUUUAUCACGUGGGGUAUGCUAAUUUUGCCUAGAGGGAAAGGUAUAGUCUCAACCGGUCAUGUCCAAGAUUGUCAAUUAUAUCUUCGGGUGCAAAUUAAGAAUUUUUUAUGGAAACAAAUGUUGUAAGCUGACUAUUGAUUUUAGGUCUCCAAGUCGCGCAUACACAACUGUUCUCGCCUGUCUAUGGUGGAGCGCGUCCUGGAGUCAAGAAACUUGCGUUUAUUUUGACUGACGGAAGACAGACCUCAGUAAAUGGCGUUCAGGUAAAUGUGUUUCUGAAUAGAUGAUUUGAUUUGGGUACACUAUUAUUAAAUCUCCUGUGUUCUCUCUCUAAUUGGACACUUUGAAUUUUUAAACUUAAAAAAAUUUUGAAAAAUGUUGUCAUCAGUAUUCCAAACGAUAUGUGAUUCGAAAGAAAUGCGACGAUACUUGCGUUAAUCCAAAAAAUAAAACAUCGUAUUCACGUUUUAAAAUUAUCAACUUGAGUUUUUAAUUUUUGUUUCGAGCCUUUUAAUUUUUGUUAUAACACAUUAUCUAUACACCCUCCGCUCGGGGUAUUCGGCGAAAUAUUACCCCAGUGAUGAUAUUACCCCAGUGAUGACAUCGGGAAAUAUCAUCACUUCGGGUAAUAUUUCGAAUAUAUGCAGAAUUCUUUAGGUCUCGUAGGAAAACUCUCUGGGUGGGACCGCCCCCUACAACCAUAAUCCCCCCCCCCCGAAAAUAUGUCUGCCCUGUACAACUAGCGUAUGCAGCAUCAAUCACAAUCUCGUUCCCCGAGCCUGCGAUCCUCUGGAAGGAACGUGAGGCUCUGGGAUAUUCCGUUGCCGGAAACCAGGAAUCCUGGCUAAGAUUGAACUAUAAUUGAACUACGCAUUCUAUUUCAACGGCCAAUCAGAAUCCUCCCUGAAACGGAUUAUCCCAGAGCCUCGCCACAGGGCCUCGCGUUCCUUCCCGAGGAUCACAGGCUCGGGGAACGAGAUUGCAUCAAUCACUAAAUAUUUUUUUAAUGUCUUCCAGGUUUCACUAAGGCAAGCAGCGCGACCUCUGCUCGACAGUGGUGUGAAGACUUUGUCCAUUGGUAUAGGAGCAGCAGUGGAUAAAAAGGAACUCCGGGCGAUGGUUGAGUACGAUGAGGAUGUUAUCACGGCAGAAAAUUUUGACCAACUGAUAAAGAAUAUUCAGAAUAUUACGCAGCAAACUUGCGAAGAGAUAAGUAAGAUAUUAAGCUGCCGUUGUUUAUGUGUCUGAACUACAUGAAAAAAUACUGUCAACAAGAUGUGUUCGCAACAGGCUUGUAGCAAGCUUGUCAACACGUUGCAACAACGCUGAUUUUAUCAAGUUGCUACAAGGUUGUCAGUCACAACUUGUUGACAAAUUGUUGAAUUGCAGGACGAUAACAAGUUGUUGGAGCAACUUGUAACAAGUCUGUUGAGCUCAACAACUUUGUAGCAAGUUGUCAACAAACCGUUGACAACUUGCUAACAAGCUGGGAACAAGCAGUGCGAACACAUCCUGUUGACAAGUUGUUGCAACAGCAUUGCUACAAGUCUGCUGCAUGGUAGGCUCAGAUUCCAACCGUUGGGUUCUCGGCACUCACCCCUACGGCUGGAAUCUGAGCCUAGCUGCAGGGUUGUUACCGUGCGUUAUGUGUGUAGGUUAGUGUUUAAGUGAUAGAUCCAUAAAGUCGGUUUCGUUAAGUAGCGACACUAGAUCAAAAGGGGAUAUCACUUACGGUAAUAACAAGCUUUCGUUGGUAGGGAUCCAACUACUCGAAAAAUGUAAGGAGUUUGGAAAUGAGGCGCAUUUCAUGUCUUUUGCGGCUAUCGUUGCUUCCAGAAAUGGGACAGAGGGCUCGAAUUUUCAUAACUGAAACCUGUGAUUGCCAGUAUUAAAAUGUCUGGUUAGCAUCAUUGCCAAUGACUGCACGCCGAUGCUCACCAAGCCUUGUCCUCAAAGAUCUUCCAGUUUCUCCAAUACAAAGCAUGCCACAUCAACUGCAUGAGAUGCAGUAGAUGAGAUGGGACGACGAAUCCCACAGAAUGGCACUCAAUUACUGCACCUUCAGAUAGAACAGUUCAGACUUGUUCACAAUCGACAGAAUUUGUUAAGGGCACCCAGAGGCAGGGCAAAGGCUUGCACCACAAAACGAUAUCUCAGCUUUGCUGAUAUCGGUUUGAACUACAAUAUAAAAGGGGGCCUCAAUAUGUGGUGACCUAUGGUGGUGACAAUUAGCUAUUCCGAAGUUGAUGAGAGGAUUGGGGAGUGGGGGACGAGUGUUAAAAAAUGCCCAAAUUAAAGAAGAAAUGAACCAAAUAACUAAAAAGACCACCUCAGAAUUAGUAAGUAUACAAAGUUUGAAGACGUUUACAUGAAUACUCUUCGAAUAAUAAGCAUUCGAAAAUUGUGCAAUUACUGAUUAAAGGAUUGUUUUUGGGACGCGCGUCCCAAAAACAAAAAUUACAAUACAUUUCAUAGUAAAUAUCACGAUUUUCGAAAGCUUGUUAUUCGAAGGAUAUUCGUGUGAACGUCUUCAAACUUUGUAUACUUACUAAUUUUGAGGUGGUCUUUUUAGUGAUUUGGUUCAUUUCUUAAUUUGGGCAUUUUUUAAAACUCGUCCCCAGUCCACUCAUCAACUUCGGAAAGGCUUUUAACACCGGAAAGCCGCUGAUUGUGUGAGGGAAUCAAAGGAAGAGUCCUUCACUCAAAAUGUUCGAGUUUUAAAUCUCAGGUAGUUGAAUCCGUCUCUUGUAUUUUUUUUUAAUAUUUUCUAUUUCAUUAUUUCAGCCAUCACACCGUGCAAGCAUGCGGCAGACAUCGCCUUCGUUGUGGACACCUCGACAGACGUAAGUCACCAAGAUUUUCAAAAAAUGAAAGACUUUCUCAUUGCCGUGGAAAAACGUUUCAGAAUAGCGGAAUUUGGCAGCAGACAUGGCGUAAUUGUUCACGGAAGCAGGGCUGAACUAUUGGUUAGAUUGAACGGGGCUCAAAAUUCUAUAGAGUUCGUAAAAGCGGUCGAUAGCGUAUGGCGUAUCGGUGGCCAGAGAGCAAGUUACAGGGCACUGGAAAUAGCGGAAAAUGCCCUUUUUGACUUUGGUAACGGCGCACGACGGAACGCUCCGAAGGUGAUCGUCAUGGUAACGGCUGGUGGCGAGAGCGGCUUUUCAAAUAGUGCGUACCUCAAUCAGCUUGCAAAGCGUUUACGAGAUCGGGCUGUGGUCGUUAAGGUUGUCGGAAUCGGCUCGGCUCUUACUCGAAAUGCGUUGUUACCCCUUGUCGCAUCGUCAGCCGAUCUAUAUCGACCUAGUUCUGUCGAUGAUUUGAAGGACGAGACGCCAGCUUUGUCUGACAGCAUUUGUAUGAACAUCGGUAUGUAUGUGAUCUUAUGUGUAGCCUCAUUACAAUAUUGUAAAUAAGUAAGUAGCGAACGACUGGAACAACCAAUUUGGAGGGCCCCCUAUACUUUUUGCGUGAAGCGUGAAGGGCUUAUUUUACUUAGCCGUGAAACGUGAUUGGGCCCCCUAUACGUUUUGUGUGAAGCGUGAAGGGCUUAUUUUACUUAGGCGUGAAACGUGAUCGAUGAUUUUCUUAAUUCGUGACUCGUGAAAAGGCAAAAUAUUUUUACGUGAAAGCAUAUUGUGAAGAGGUAUAGGGGGCCCUCAAUUUGUGCGCAAACUGCUGCUAAAACAAGCGCAGGGUUAAAAGCUACGCCUAUAGGUUAAUUUUUUUACCCAACCUCAACUACCAAUUAAAAAAUAAGUACCUACCCCUGGCCAAAAACUUUACAAAAGGAUACCAUUUAGUCACACAUGUCCUUUACCACACCUGGGACAUGAAUUUGAUAACUGCUUGUGCAAUUAUCUGCAGUGUAAAGUCUCAUGUUGUCUGAAGAUGUACUUUUUUGGAGACACCAUUUGCAUCUUGACAAAUCGGAAAAUGAUCAAAAUAGUGACUCUGAUUGAUUUACAUAUAUUGUAAUAUUGACUUAUGACUGUUGACAUUGCUUUUUAGUCUUAAUCUUCAAUAUUUUGAGUGGGUCAUGUUUUGGAAAUGACAAUAAAUUUUUAUUACCCAACCCUUGAGUUGUUUUGUUUUUCAUUAAUUUACCCAACCUUUAACUCGCUCAAAAUUUUGUUUACCCAACGCUUUUCUCUUCAGUGCCACUCCUCGCCAUGAAUAAUGACUGGUCCCUGCAAAUGUCUAUAAUACAAAAUUGAUAAAAAAUUGUUUGCCUGAUAAAAGUUAUAGAAUUACUUUAUAGAAAGAUCUAUUUUCUUUUGUAGGGCCUACUAAAUGUGAUAAGGCUAUAGACAUCGCCUUUAUCUUGGAUUCGUCCGGAAGCAUAAUGAAAGAUGAGUUUUUAGAAGCCAGGAAUUUCGUAGAAGCGAUUGCAGAAACCUUCACGAUUUCGCGUGAAAAAACCCAUGUCGGACUCAUGAUCUACAGCAACGAGGCGAGAAUUAUGGCGAAAUUUAAUAAGAUUCACUCCAAGGAAGAUUUGGGUACCGAACUUGACGCUUUACCACAUCUUCGAGGCAGAACCCGAAUCGACCUAGCUUUGAAGUUGGCUUCUGCCGAAAUGUUUACUGGGAAUGGUGGAAUGCGAUGGUCUACGUCAGUCCCAAAGGUUGCCAUGGUGAUCACUGAUGGUCGGCAGUCGCCGGCAGCCGAUGCAAUCCGAUUGGACGAAGCCGUGGCCCCAUUGUUAGUCAGGGGAGUGAAAGUGCUGUCUGUUGGCGUGGGAGAUAAGAUUGAUCGUUGGGAAUUAGAGAUGAUGGUCAAAUCGCCUGAGUUGGCAUUCUGGGCUGGGAGUUAUCGUGCACUGCGCGUACAGCUGGCUGCAAUUGCAAGAGAACUUUGUCUUGGCGAGUGAAUAAGGCGUUAUUCUGUUUAUUAAUUUAACUUUAGGGGUGUUCACAUAGAGGUGCAAAUCACUCAUAGAAAUUGUACUUUUGUACUUUCCAAAAGUGCGGUCAUUUUGUGGUUGGACUUUUUUCAGUAAUUUUGCCGUAUUUUUUAAAAUCACCUAGAAAAUAACAUCUUCCGUUUCAAUGUUCUCAAAUCUUCUUUUUUGCUUCGAAAUGAUACUUUAGGUUGUUAUUUAAGAGGCAAUUUUUUUCAAUGUCACCUAUUUGCAAUGAAAAGUGUUCAAAACCUAAAAUCUUUUUGGCGUUCCUCUCAAAAUUACUUUGUUCUAGCUUUAUUCUCUAGUUUAUAGAGUUAGCAACCCUUUUAAAUGCAUCUUCCGGUUGAGAAACAUAAAAUAAUAGUUAAAAAUUGUCAACUAAAAUACAAUUAUCAAUGAUGCUUUAAAAUUGACGACAUAUUUACAGCCAUAUAAGCAAAACUCACUGAACUUCAGACAUCAUUUUCUCUUUGGCGUACCAUCUAAAAUCUCUUCAUUUUAGCCUUAUUUUACAGAUAAAGCACUAAACAUACUUUUUAAGUUUGUUUGCCGAUUGAGAAACGUAUCGAAAAAUAAAAAUUUUGUAUUUAGUCAUAACCUCAAGUGGUAUAUUAUACGCAUUAGUUUUGAGCGCGUGUUACGUAACAUACAAAAAAAUCUCCUCUUAAUUUUCAUAGUCUCAAAUCCGCAUUUUUUGUGCCCUGACAACAUUAAAAAAUGGCCUUGACAACAUAGUGCCACCGCCUUGACAACAUUCAUUGAGUUACGAGAUUCGCAAUAAAACAAUGUGUUUUUAUUGUUUUCAAUGUUCUGAUGAAGCAAUGGAGUAAAAUGCACGAGAUAAUAAUUUUUUUGGUUAGAAAUUUUCGUCCAGGUCGGUGGGAUAAAAUAAUUGCAAGUAGAUUGAUACAGCAGAGUGCUAGCUGGUUCCACUAGACAGUGGCGGAAAUCUUGGGCGGUCGCCCGCCCCCUCCCCCCUCCCCCCACCUUCCGGAAAAUUGACGAAUUUUCGGAAAUUUUGAUCUAAAAGAGGGCUAAAAUGUCGGAAAUUUAGGAGGCUUUGCCCCCCACCGAAAAAAGUGAUUUCCGCCACUGCUACUAGAUUAUAUCUGAAUUUCAGACGUAAAUUUUAGAUCUCAAGAAUCUAUUUGAUGAGUUUUUAGCAUUGUCAAGCAUAUAUUUGUGGAUUUUGGGACUUUUAAUUAAAGACUUUGAGCUUUUACGAGACUUUUGGAGUGAUUUGCCCCUCGAUCUACAAGAAGUCCUGUCGUGAUCGAAGGGCUACGUGUUUACAUGAGAAAAAUCCACUGGAAAAAUCAGCGUCCAUCUUUUAAUGUCACUGAUUGAAGUAAUUACUGUUUAAUUAGAUUAAUUGUAAAGAUAAUUAUGGUACACAAUUAAAACAACAAUCAAUUUUAUUGGCCAGGUGGUCCAUCGC